CAUCAUGGAGGUUACAGCUCUCGGCUUCAGACUCUUGACGGAUGUGGUGCUGCUACUUACUGUAAAAGUUCUGAACUUCAAUGCUAAGAAAGCUGAUGCAGCUUUUCCCCAUAUUUCUCCCAACCAACUGCAGUUCUUUGAAUACGAGUCCAUCUCUGUAGACUGUGGGGAGCUGGAUCACUCCUCUGAGUGGAGAGUGAUGAGGAAGCUGAAAGAAGAUCCAACAAAUACAUCCCAAUGGGAAACCUCGACAGGAACCAUUACCAUUGAAAUUCCCUUUACAUCAGACACUGGAGAAUACUGGUGUGAAAAUAAAGAGGGAGGAAGAAGCAACAGCGUCAACAUUACCAUCACUGCUGGUGAUGUGAUCCUGCAGAGUCCUAUGGUUCCUGCUAUGGAGGGGGACAGUGUGAGUCUGUCCUGCAGAAACAAGAAGGCAGUCUCCAACCUCCCAGCUGAUUUCUAUAAAGAUGGCCACUUCAGUUCAACUGGAUAUAAAGGAAAAUUCAUCAUCAACAAUGUUUCCAAGUCUGACGAAGGACUGUACAAGUGCAGCAUCUCUGGAGCUGGAGGAUCACCAGAGAGCUGGCUGGCUGUCAGAGGUGGUUCUGGGAUGUUGGAGACUCCGGUCCUUCCUGUGGAGGAAGAUGUGGUGACUUUCCACUGCAAGAAUAGCAUAGCGUCUUCCAACAUUGUAGCAUCCUUCUAUAAAGAUGGCUUCCUCCUAAAGAACAUCUCUACAGGAAACAUGACCAUCCAUUGUGCCUCUGGGUCUGAGGAGGGACUUUACAGGUGUAACACCUCUAGAGAGGGAGAAUCCCCAGAGAGCUGGCUGGUUGUCAGAGACAACAUGGAGGCCACAGCUCUCCGCAUCAGACCGUUGAUCAAUGUGCUGUUCCUGCUGUGUGCGCUGGAUCAGAAAGUCCAUUCAGUGUUUAUUCGAGUUGUCCCUGACAGGCUGCAGUUCUUUGAAUAUGACCCUGUAGCUUUCCAUUGUGAAGGGGUCAAAGGGCAAGUACUCUCAUGUAGAAGUACUAGUACGCAGGGAUUUAAACAGACACGCUGUAACAUUACAAGUGUUUAUCCAGAAGACAGUGGAGCGUACUGGUGUGAGGCUGAAGGGGGGGAGAGAAGCAACAGCGUCAACAUCAACGUCACUGCACAUUCAGUGAUCCUGGAGAGUCCUGCUCGUCCUGUGAUGGAGGGAGAGUCUGUGACUCUGAGCUGCAGAAACAAGACGGCUUCUUCCAACCUCGCCGCUGAUUUCUAUAAAGAUGGCCGCCUCAUCAGGAGCAGCUCUCCGGGAAUCAUGACCCUCCACAGUGUGUCCAAGCCUGAUGAAGGACUCUACAAGUGCAGCAUCUCUGGAGCUGGAGAAUCCCCACAGAGCUUGCUGGCUGUCACAGUUUCAACUAAAGAGACAAGUCCCACCUCCAGUUCUACCCCGUGGAUCGUUGUCACUGUUCUGCUGACGCUGCUGCUGUUGGCCGUGGGACUACUUCACUUUGGGAAAGGUUAUUUUCACCGAGUGAUGCUCUACCUGUCCUCAGUGACCGCUGGAUCAGGCUUACCUGAGGACCAAACAGUCUCUGUAGAAACCAGUGCAGCCGAUGCAAACAAAGUGACGUAUGCGGUUGCAGCUAAAAGCAGGAGGAAGAAAGAUGAGGAUGAAUUUGCGUCUGCACCCAUCUACUACACCUUGGGCCUGGGUGACACUGAACAGCUGGCAGAGCAUGCAGCAGGUAUCAACCCCUCAUUAACAGAGAACGCCUUAUACGCCUCGAUCCAGUAGGUUACUGAGUGAAGGAGAAGCUUUAAAGUGUUUAAGUCAUUUUAUUUGCAUGAGGUACAAUUCCAUACAAAUGUUAUCCCAUUGUUUUUUUUCAUUCUGUGCAUUAUUCAUCAUGAAGCAGUUUCACACAAUAAAACUAAAAUAGCAAUACCUUACCAUAGAAAAAAUGACAUGAGACCGCCCCAUACUGUAUACAAAACGAUGCCGCUGGUGUAUAUUCAGGUAGAUGGUACAACAUGUAUGAGAGCAGCGAUCCUGUUGAAUGUAUUUGUGUUUUUGAGCUGGUCUGACAUGGUUGUAGUUAAUGUAAAGUUCAAAGCAUUUAAAAAAAAAUUGUGCAUGCAGACUUCAUCUGACAAAACAAAAGAACCUGUCUGUUAAUAGAAAUGGUCUAACAGCUACAGCAACUUGUUCACCUGGUUUUUACACACGUGAGAACUCCGAUUACCCUGCUGCAGGUUUUAAAUACACUCACUGUGGUCAACUGCUAACUUCAUGGUGUUGCGUCUUUUUAUUUGAAGCCAUCAGAAGCAGACAUUUUGAGUUUGUGGUUAACACUUAAUGAUCACAGUCCUGUGGAAAUGGCUCGUGUGUCAUGAAGUGUUAAGGUUUGUUGAGAAGAUGUGGAAUAAAUAACUACAAACACAGCCUAGAGGACGUCAUGCUCUACAUGUCAAUGGGUUUGUUCUCUGAUAC